AUGAAGACUAUAAGUUGGAACUGCAGGGGUUUGGGGAGCCCUCGUGCAGUUCGAGCCCUAACAAGGCUCUUACGUUCUGAAAACCCCCUGGUGGUCUUUCUGAUGGAAACAAAGCUAAAGAAAGAGGAAUUAUUGGUUCUCAAAAGGAAACUCAUAUUCAAAUUUUAUGCAACUGUGGACUGCAGAGGUAUUGGGAGAGAUAGAGCAGGAGGUAUCAACCUUUGGUGGAAUGAUUUGACUGAAGUACAGGUCACUUCCUAUUCUCAAAAUCAUAUUGCGGGAUUAUAUCAACAAGAAGAUGAUGAUAGACCUUGGCACUUUGCUGGGGUCUACGGGUUCCCAGAGGAAGAAAAUAAAAAAGAGACGUGGAAAUUGGUUCAGGCUUUGUAUGAAGAAGGUGGAGAUCAAAUGAUAUUUUUUGGUGACUUCAACAAUAUCAGCAGUACAGCAGACAAGCUUGGGGGUCUUUGCAAAUCUGGAUCCCAAUUAAAUUAA